UGAAACGAAUCGACGGACGAAGUUGUAGAUCGCACUGCACAUUUGUUUCGACUGCGUCCCAAAACUUUUGUUGUCGUUUUUGUGACUUCGUCAUAUUGUACUUUUGUAGUUUCAGAUAUCUGCUACAGUAUAAUCUGAAGUUUGGUUGCUUCAACAGUUUUCCAAUCAAUGAUUUGUUAAUGUGGAAUUCUACCAUUUGCAUAGUGAGCAACUGCCGUGGGAUUUUAUCUUCUCCAGCUGAUUGUGAGAUAAAGAAAAGUGAGAAAACAGACAAAGUUACUUUAGUCUCUUUGCGAAACCUGCGAAUUCGUUGGUUUUACACGAAAAAUUGCCCUGCAAGGAGGAUUUCCGGUGAGAGCAUCUUCGAUCGUUUCACUUCGCGAUCUGGAUUGCUUUGGAACUGGCAACGGCACAAUGAAGACAUUUCAAGCAUAUUUGCCCAAAUGCAAUCGCAUGUACGCCUGUAUACACUGCCGCGCACACCUGGCCGCGCAUGAUGAUCUCAUUUCCAAGUCCUUUCAAGGCAGUCAAGGACGGGCCUACUUGUUCAAUAACGUUGUUAACGUGGCAUGCGGUCCUGCGGAAGAGCGUGUUCUCCUAACUGGCCUUCAUGCUGUAGCAGAUAUUUACUGUGGCUGCUGUAAAAAAACCUUGGGAUGGAAAUACGAGCAUGCCUAUGAAUCGAGCCAAAAAUACAAGGAAGGCAAAUACGUGAUCGAGUUAACGCAUAUGAUCAAGGAUAAUGGAUGGGACGUAAUUGGCGCGUAAAACCGUGCCGGAGUUAUGAGCAGCCACUUCGCACACAUCCAUCCAUGUGGUGCACUCGUAAUUGACCACGAAACCAUCAUCUUCAACGUAUUUUCGGUUUUUUUAUUAUCAUUUGGCCGAUGUUUCGAAUUCACGGAGAUCUCUUUCUUGUGUUUCUGACCUUUUCUUCGCUGCCGCCCAGCUGCCGGAAUUGGACAUGUAUAAACGGCUGCAACAUGUAUAUAUAGAGGAAUUGCACCAUUGGAUUUCAUUGCUGCUGCUUUGGCGCUGCAUAUUUGUUAUAUGAGUUGCAAUGGCGUUUUGUGAUAAUUAUUUUGCCUGGCGUUGUGUUGUUUGGACGAAAAUUGAAGGAGUGGAAUUUCUAACCCGGUGGGGACAAGUUGUUAAGAUAUUCUCGCUUUCGUCCAUAUUUGUCCAUUUUGUUCCAGUUUUAAGUUUCGGUGAUUUUUUCAGUCUGUGUACAGUACAUAUAUGAUAUACCUAUAAUAGCAUUGUCAGUGCGCAAUUUGAUGCUGCUGUCGUGCUUGUGCGAUGACAUGGUGAAGGAAUGUAUUAGCUGAUUGCUUGGACUGUACAGCCUACUUUGUCUUAAAUUUGCCAAUGUUUGUAUAGUAGCUUGAGUUUUGUUUCUUUUGAUUUUUACCUAGUCAUUACGUGCUGGCGCAGCGACUGAAUGUUUACAAUUUACAGAAUACAUUCGGAAUUUUGUUGCAUGUGUACCUACCGUUAUUCAACCGCUUAUCAAGAAAGCUAGUAAAAUUCGAUGUACAAA